AUGCCUAGAGGGAGACCCGAAUUGGCACCAAUGAAGGCGUUCAAAUUCGAGGAAACAAGUGGAAACCCAUCUUUGACGAGCUGCAGCAACUGCGUAAGACAACACAUGAAUAUCGAGUGCAAAAACUGCGCACCUUGGAAGGGACUGACGAGAGUGCUGCAGACAGCACUGUUGCUUUUGGUGCAUGGUGUUCUCACAACUAGCCUUGCCGAAGAGAUGUCUUUGGGGACCGGUAGCAUGGCCCACGAGCGUGCUAUCAAUGAGGGCCAUGAUUUCCUCGAGCAAGUGGCAACGACAAAUGGCGAUACGAGGCAAAACACGCUGGCAUUUGCUGCAUCGCGCUUCAAAGGUUGUACCAAAUCGUGGGGUGAUAUCACCAAUAAAAGUAAGUAG